AUGCCGCCAAUUUUGCGGCGAAUACGGCGAAUAUCGUCUAAAUUUGACAUAACCUCAAAUGCUUGCGUUUACAAUCGUGAUGUUCUAUUCCAUUUCCUCACAUUUCAGACGGACGACGUUAAUCCUAAAGCCUACCCGCUGGCCGAUCCUGUUCUCACAUCGAAAAUCAUGACUCUUGUGCAGCAGGCGCUCAACUACAAGCAGCUCCGGAAGGGCGCCAAUGAGGCCACCAAGACUCUGAACAGAGGCAUCGCUGAGUUCAUAGUGAUGGCAGCUGACGCCCAGCCGCUGGAGAUUCUGCUCCACUUGCCGCUUCUUUGCGAGGAUAAGAACGUUCCAUACGUCUUCUUGCGCUCAAAGCAAGCUCUGGGGCGCGCCUGCGGAGUCUCCCGACCGAUUGUCGCCGCUGCCGUGACGGUGAACGAGGGCUCGCAAUUGAAGUCACAGAUCACCAGCAUUCAGCAGGAGAUUGAGAGGCUUCUUGUUUAAUAUUUUUACUUGUAUUUUUACAAUAAAUUCAUUCGUAACAUUACAAUUUUUCGCGGUAUUCUCAGAAGCGUCGAAGUCCACUAGAAGAGGCCAGAGAUUGCU